AUGACAAGGCCCAAAAAACUCAGAUCUGGCCCGAGAAGCGCAGACCGAGCCCGCUCCAACCACCAGCUCCCAUGCCGGCACCACCGAGAGGCAUCGCAGCCCGACCCCAACGCCGGGGCGGACGACCGACGCACUAGGGCACUCCGCCCUGGCAAGGCGUCCUCCGCGCCGCCGCCCCCAAGAUUGGGUCUUGCGCCUCCGACUCCUGGCAGCCCCGCCGCGCCACGCCGCAACCGCCGGGGAGCCCCGCUGCUCGACCCCAGCCACAGGAACGGCGGCCGAUGCGCUCGGGCACUCCGCCCGGCCACGCAUCCUCCCGCCUCGCCGUCCCCGGGAUGGGAUCUAGCCGCGCCGCCACCCGGCCGCUCCGCCGCGUCCUCCUCUCUCUCUCCUUGCCGCCUGCCCGGUCGAGGACCUCCGCUCGUCCGUGGGCUCCCGCCGUGCGUCGGCGACGACCUCCGGACCCGCGCCGCCGACCUCCCGCCGCCACCACCUCGCAGCCCUUAUGGCGUUUCCCUCCGCGCCGGGGAACCCGCCGGGCGCGCCGACCCAGCCCGCCGCCUUUGA